AUACAUAAUAUCAGUUAAUAAACAUACUAAAAAGUCUAGAUAAAUUGAUCUCUCUCAUUAGGUCUUCAUUAUUUGUCAUUUGGACAGCGCUUCUGCAACAUGGCUGUUUUCAGGAGCUUGUUAGUGCUUGCAUUCGCUGGCUGUGUCCUUUGCAAAUUUGGUGCGCCUUUCGAACCCUGUGACAAGGAUGACGUCAAAUGUCUAAUUACAGCAAUAGAAUCAUUUUUUGUUAAGUCCAGCAAUGGUAUUCCUGACAUUGACAUUAAAGCCAUCGAUCCCCUGAUCAUACCUGAAUUGAAAUAUGAAGUUGAUCCAGACAUGGGCUUGCUCUUUGAGUUCAAGAACAUCAAUGUCACAGGACUGAAGAACCAACAGGUUUCGGACUUCCAAUGGGCCUCUGCCACGAAAUCAACUGUAUUGAAAACGAAAGCAGUAUUGAACAUUGUGGGUGACGUGAAAAUCUCACUGACGAAGAACAACAAAGUAUUCAAUGGAGUUUAUUCAGCUUCAUACACUGCCCUAGGAAACUUGCAGUAUGGUGUCUCUCUGGUACGGAAAGGAGAUUUUGCAUACAUUGACAUUGAACCAGAAGUAAACUCCUGCGAAAUUAUUGAAGAACCAGUUAUAUCGCUUGAUUCUGGUCUCCAAAACGUCAUUGACAAUGAUGCUGAUGCCAGAGCAUUGAAACCCUCUUUUGAGACCAAGAAAGUAACUUUGAGGAAGAACACACUGUGUCGUGUUACGGAAGCCGCCUAUGCUACUGUUAUCCAAAACAUCAAAACUAUCACGAAGGUCUACCCGUGCCUUGCCUUUUUCAACAACAUGUGUUAUUAAAUAAACAUUAAUUUUAUACUUGCGCA